GUAGAAUCUAUCUAACUAUAACAUAUUUUGUGCUUAGUUUUCAAGCUACUCGUUAGUGCACACUUCUAUCAGAGCUUUUGCUCUUGUGUCGUUUUCAGUCAUUUUUACUUAUUCUUUCGAUCCUUUUUAACUUCUGGAACGAUUGUUGAAAAAAACUAGACGUUAAAAAUUAUUAAAAUGACAUUAAGUUUAUUGAAAUGUUCACUUAUCAAUCAUGGAUUAUUGGAAUUAAAGAAAUCAUCGGCUUUUUUAACAUUAAGGCUGUCAUUGUAUACAUCGGUAGUUUCUAAAGGCAAUAAAAAGGAGUCCAGUGGUGAAUUUCGAAUUGAAAGGGAUACUUUUGGUGAACUAAAGGUUCCUGCUGACAAAUAUUAUGGAGCACAAACAAUGCGGUCAAAAAUGAACUUUCCAAUUGGUGAUAGUUUUGAACGAAUGCCUUAUGGGGUUAUUGUCGCAAUGGGUAUAUUAAAGAAAGCUGCUGCACUUGUAAAUAAAGAAUAUGGAAUGGAUGCAAAAAUAGCAGAUGCUAUUAGUAAAGCUGCAGAUGAUGUUAUAUGUGGAGACCUUUAUAAAGAUCAUUUUCCACUGGUAAUUUGGCAAACAGGUUCUGGUACGCAAAGCAAUAUGAACACCAAUGAGGUAAUUUCAAAUCGUGCAAUUGAAUUACUUGGUGGUAAACUUGGAUCAAAGGAUCCUGUCCAUCCAAAUGAUCAUGUAAAUAAAUCUCAAAGUAGCAAUGAUACAUUUCCUACUGCUAUGCAUAUAGCAGUUGCUUUGGAAAUUAACAGGGUAUUACUUCCUGGUUUGGAAAAAUUACAUGAAGCAUUAGAAGAAAAGGCUAAUGCAUGGAAAGAUAUUAUAAAAAUUGGUAGAACUCAUACUCAAGAUGCUGUGCCCUUAACACUAGGACAAGAAUUUUCAGGUUAUGCAGCACAAGUUUGUAAUGGCAUUAAAAGGGUAAAAGAUACUCUUCCAAGAUUAUAUGAGUUAGCACUUGGUGGUACUGCAGUAGGAACAGGAUUAAAUGCACCAAAAGGUUUUGCGGAAAAAUCAGCAGCAAAGAUUGCAGAAAUUACUGGAUUACCAUUUGUAACUGCUCCUAAUAAAUUUGAAGCUUUAGCGACUAAAGAUACUAUGGUAGAAGUGCAUGGUGCGCUGAAUACAGUAGCAGUUUCGCUUAUGAAGAUAGCUAAUGAUAUUCGAUUUUUGGGAAGUGGACCUCGUUGCGGUCUGGGGGAAUUAUCUCUUCCUGAAAAUGAGCCAGGAAGUUCUAUUAUGCCUGGUAAAGUUAAUCCAACACAAUGCGAAGCAAUGACUAUGGUUUGUUGCCAAGUCAUGGGUAAUCAAGUUGCUGUAUCUAUUGGUGGAAGUAAUGGCCAUUUUGAGCUUAAUGUAUUUAAACCUAUGAUAGUUGCAAAUACAUUAAGAUCUGCAAGACUAUUAGGUGAUGCCUGUGCCUCAUUUACAAAGAACUGCGUCGUCGGUAUUAAACCGAAUGUAGAUCGUAUCAGUAAACUUUUGAACGAGAGUUUAAUGCUUGUUACUGCUUUAAAUCCACAUAUUGGUUAUGAUAAGGCUGCUAAAAUUGCCAAGCAAGCCCAUGCAGAAAAUCUCACGUUAAAAGAAUCAGCAUUGAAGAAUGGCAUAACUGCAGAACAAUUUGAUCAAUGGGUGAAGCCAGAAAAUAUGAUUGGUCCCAAAUAAAUUUUAGCACACAGAAAGAAGUUAAGAAUAACAAUUUUUUAAUUGUUAGCUAUUGAAUAAAUUUUUUGUUUACGUGUUGUAAAUUGUGAUAUAAGUAUUAUUAUUAUCAAAUACUAAAAACAUUUUUAUUGCGUAUUAAUUAUACAUAUCUAAUAAUAAUUUAUAUAAUAAAUCAUUUGUAAGAAAUGUUACACAUAAUAAAUGCGAAAUAUUACGACAA